GUAACAACUAAGCUGGAAGAAAGAAAAAAAAAAGUCUUGAAGUGGAAGUAGCCAUGAGAAACAUGAGCGAGAGCUUAAAACCUUUCAGCUAUCGUCACUUAUCACAUGACUUUCACCAGCAAUGACCUUUUCUGUCAUUUAAGGAUUACAACAAUAAACACAUCAAGAUUGUCAACCAUCUUUGGUGGUUUGCUUUGUGACCAAUCUGUGUUGUUCAGACUGUGCCUUGACAUGUAAAUGAGUAAGCCCUUGCUUUUUUGUGGAUCUUUCUUUUUCCUCCAAGCCUCAUCAAUUUGUUUAUGGUAAUUUUAGGUAAAACCUGUGUAAAUUAUGUUCUUUCCUUCCUUCUAUAUUGCAUCAACAAACAUCCAAUAAACAAAUGUCAAGUAGACGUGAAGGUCGUUGUCUGAGUUGGUGACAGACCUGAAGGUGAACGUUCUACAGAGCUCAAACAGUGCAGCAGCAGAGAUGUCGCCAUGCUUUUAUUUUUCUCUUCUGGCGGUCCUUAUUGGAAUGGCUGCAGGUCUUACAAGAGAAUAUAUGUACUUUCCCAUGAAACUGAAUUGGACUGAUGCUCAGAAUCGCUGCAAACAAAACAAUUCGAAUCUUGCCGUCAUCACUACAGAUGAGGAAAACCAGAGGGUUAUAAAUGUUGGAGGAGAAUUUGCUUCAGGCUGGAUUGGGAUGUAUAGAAGCAAAAAUGGUUCAGACAUCUGGCUGUGGAACGAUGGAGAACAAAGUUUUUUCUUCAAUUGGAAAGUGUACCAGCCUGAUAACUUUAAUCACAAUGAGAACUGUGUUCAGAUAACAUCAGGUGGCUGGAACGAUAAUUUCUGUGGACGUGCUAUGCCUUUUUAUUGUUACAAGAUUUUAGUCUUGGUAAAUGAGAAAAAGACAUGGGAAGAAGCUCUUCAUUACUGCAGAAUGAGCUACACUGGCCUGGCUUCCCUGUCCUCUGAGACACAACUACAGUUGGCUGAAAUGGAGAGCAAUCAAACCCAAACAGACAGUGUGUGGACUGGCCUGCGCUUCCUGGAUGGAAACUGGCUCUGGGUGAACAAGGAUCCAUUGGGCGAUCUGGUCUCACUGCCCUCAUGCCCGGCUCCACCUUACCGCUGUGGAGCUCGCAACACCAAAACGCAUGUUUGGGAAAACAGAGACUGCAACGAGAAGCUCAAUUUCUUCUGCUACUCUUAAGGUGAGUAACUGAGAUCCAGAACAAUACCUCAGCACUGUAUACAUCUAUCCAUCCAUCUUCUAUACCGCUUAUCCUUUUCGGGGAGCCUAUCCCAGGGAGCAUGGGGCACAAGGCGGGGUACACCCUGGACAGGGUUCCAAUCCCUCGCAGGGCACAAUCACAUACACACUCACACACCCAUUCAUACACUUUGGACACGCCAAUCAACCUACCGUGCAUGUCUUUGGACUGGAGGAGGAAACCGGAGUACCCGGAGGAAACCCCCGCAGCACGGGGAGAACAUGUGAACUCUGCACACACAGGGCCACGGUGGGAAUCCAACCCCCGACUCUGGAGGUGUGAGUGCUAACCACUAAGCCACCAUGCGCCCCACUGUAUACAUCUAAAUAUUAUCUCACAAUAAUGGGGGGGGGUCUUUUUCCAAGCAUUUUUGAGAA